UCAUCGAAGCAUCAAAAUGUCGAGUUUUUUCCUCAGCGAAAAUAAAAAAUCAGGCAACAGAAAACGAGCAAACAAACCAUCAAAGACCUCUGGCCCGAAAGCCAAGAAAACAAGUAAAGCAAAGCAAGCUACAAAACAAGUUUGUGAUGAUGCAGAGCUAGAGAGUGAUAUAGAUUCUGCAAGUGAUCAUGACUCUGGUAAUGAUGAGAAGUAUGAGAGUGAUGAGAGUGAAACAGCUCAAGAAAAGAAAAUAAGAUUAUCAAAACAGUACUUAGCACAACUAGAAGAAGAAGAGAGACAAAAAAAUGAAUCACAAGACAUYGACCAUGACGCAGUAUCCCACAGACUUCAGCAAGAUCUAAUCGAACAGAGUGGUAAAUUCCAAAAACAGAUUGCUGAUAAAUUUUCUCCUCCUCUUCCCUCACUGGUACGAGUUUUACGUGGCCAUCAAUUACCUAUCACCUGYCUUUGUGUUUCUCCUGAUGAUAAGUUUGUCUUUACUGGAUCAAAGGAUUGUUCUGUUAUUAAAUGGGAUGUUGAAAAUGGAAAGAAAGUUGGUAAAAUAGCUGGCACCAAGGACAGCAAAACAUCAAAGGGCUGUAUCUUGGCAAUUUCUAUAACCUCAGAUGGAAAAUUCUUGGCCACUGGAGGUAAAGAAAAAGUCAUUCAUAUUUAUGACCCARAAACCUUAAAGCAUAUACACUCAUUCAAUGGACACAGAAAUACUUUAACUGGCCUUGCAUUCAGGAAGGGAACUCACCAGCUGUUUAGUGGCUCCCUUGACAAAACUGUUAAAAUAUGGAAUCUAGAUGAGAUGGCUUAUGUAGAGACAUUGUAUGGCCACCAAGAUGGAGUGACCGGAAUUGACAGCUUGUCAAGGGAUAGAGCAGUUACGACAGGUGGACGUGACAGAUCUUUAAGAAUAUGGAAGGUUGUUGAGGAGACGCAGUUAGUUAUUAAUGUUGACGGAGGAUCAGUAGAUUGUGUUCAGUUGAUCAAUGAGGACCACAUGAUAACAGGAGCAGAUGAUGGGUCAAUUUCCCUKUGGAGUUCCAGUAAAAAGAAGCCCUUAUGUAAUGUAAAUAAUGCACAUGGCAAGAGUAAAGAUGACCAAAAUGAUAACAUACCUGAUGAGACAUGGAUUACAGCAGUUGCGGCCGUCAAGAGCACUGAUCUUGUUGCCUCAGCAGGAUCUUGUGAUUCUUGUAUUCGACUAUGGAAAUGUGGUCCAGGUUAUAGAAGUCUAACCCCUCUUUUCACCAUACCAAUGGUUGGUUUUGUAAAUUCCUUAGCAUUUUCCAGUGAUGGAGAAAUGCUUUUUGCUGGUGUUGGCCAGGAACACCGUCUUGGUCGAUGGUGGAGAACAAAAGAUGCAAAGAAUGCUCUUUAUAUUAUACCUUUACAAAAAUCUAUGGACCACUAAAAACACAAUAUCGACUCCCUACUCCUUCUGCAUUUUUUUUUUUCAAUUUUCUUUCAAUAUACAGUACUACGACUACAACUUGCAGUUAUGACUACUGAUAAGUUAGGAAUCGUACUCUAUUAUUUGAAAUGUGAAAUAAAAUCAACCACCUUGAAAAAUAUUGCAUUAAUUUCAUUAUAAUUUUAAUAAAACCCUAGUACAUCCAUAUACAUUAUUUUAUAUUGAGUACAGUACUGUAAUUCAUCAUAUAAAACAUGGUCAUCAUGGAGGUAUACGAUCGAAAGGAUCUGUGUCAUUAAAACAAGCAUUAAAUACA